CACGGCGACGACACCACCACCACCACCACCACGCCACGCACCGCAAGAAGCGCACGCGCUCCCCGGCCGUCGUGCUCCCACUCAACGCGGCGCCCAUCUCAGCACGCAACUUCACGCUCCUCUCGAACAUAUUCGCGUCCUACCUGGAAGUGCAGAAGAACAUCGAGCUGCACACACUCACCGACCGCGAGGCGAAGGGGAGGUUCAAGAGCUUCGUGUCACACUUGUAAGCUACCUCUACCACCGCCACGCUCACAACCGGGAGUCUGGGAGUCUGGGGGGCUAAUGAUCAGCAAUCGCGGCGAACUAGCACGGGGAUGGUACGAGCGCGUUGUAUCCGCGCAGCGUGACGGUCCCAGCGCUACUACCACUACAGCCACCGCCGCCAGCGCCAGCGCCUCCACCGAGCCCACCACAAAACGUGUCCGCCACGCCUCCCCCGACUCCUCAUCCUCCUCCGAUGACGAUUUCGGCCCCGCGCUGCCACAGGACGCGCAGACCGGCGGCGCGCGCAAACACGGCCCUGCCCCACCCAAGACGCAGGACCUAUCUUUACAGCGCGAGCUAGAAACGGAAGAUCAAGCGUACGCGCGGGCUGACGGCGCACAUGCGCGACGACUCGAUCGGCGGGCGCAGAAAGAGGCGUUAGACGAGCUUGUUCCCCGGGCGGAGCCGGGGACGCGGGAGCGGCAGCUCGAGAAGAAGCGGGAGGUCAAUGAGAAGAUGCGGGGGUUUCGCGAUCCAUCGCCUGGUGGCGAGGUCGACGAGAGCACCCUCCUCGGAGCGAGCACUGGCGGUGAGAGCUUUGCGCAGAAGAAGGCGGCGCUGGAGAGGAAGAAGAAUGAGCGCGAGAUUAGACGGGAGCAGUUGCUGAAGGCGAGGAUUGCCGAGAGGGAGGAGCGCGUGCAGGGAAUGAAGGAGAAGGAGGAGAAGACUAUGACUAUGCUUAAGGCUUUGGCUGCGAGCAGGUUUGGGGGUUCUGGGUCUGGGACGUCUGAAUAAGCCGAGACUUGGAAAUUUGUUAUGCUGCUGGCUAUUUGGCUUAAUCGUGUCCCAUUGAGCUUGAUUUAAUUGUAAAGUAUGCAAAUGAUGAUUCACGUACAACAUUCAG